AUGUCCGGUAAUGGAAAUGGCUGGACACCUCUAUCCAUGGACAUGGAUCUGAAAUACACAAUGCUUAGUUGCGGGAUACCAAAAGGACCAACUACUACCAAGAAACGUAGAGUCUCUCAACAACUUGCUAUCGCUCGCACUCAAUUGGAUGUACUUCGAGUACUGAAAGAAGAAGGUCUACCACGAGUCGAUGCGAGAGAUUCCAAAACGUACGCUACAGCUUUGAUUCUAGCAGCCAAAAGAGGUCAUACGAACAAUGUACGCAGUCUAUUGGACCGAGGCGUCUCCGUUGAUGCUCAAAACUUGGAGGGAGAUACUGCACUGCGAGUGGCCGCUACAGUCGGGCAGCUGGAAAUUGUUGAACUGCUGCUGAAUGCUGGGGCUGCAAUGGAUCGCACGGAUCGGAACCAUUGGACACCCUUGAUGCUGGCAACACUUGAAGGACAUGAGGAUAUUGUACAGAGUUUCAUUAGUCGCGGUGCUUCACUAGAGACACAAAAUGCCAAAGGAGAGACAGCUUUGAGCAUUGCGACACAAUGGGAUCGAUUAGCCAUUGCUCAACUACUACUGAAUGCUGGUGCCAAUGUGGAUACGACGGAUACGGAAGGAAUGACACCACUGAUGUACAGCUCGAGGAACGGACAACUUGCACUGGUAGAACUUUUAGGGACAAGACAAGCGAGGCUAGAACUAUUGAGUAAGUCUGGUCUUUCAGCUCUUCAUCUUGCAGCUGGUGAUGGUCAAUUGGAAAUUGUGCGGGAGCUACUGGGUGCUGGAGCAGACUCUACAGCACGUGAUCAAGUCAACGGCUUGACAUCGCUCAUGUAUGCAGCAGUCCACGGCCACACCUGUAUCGUUGCAGAGCUGAUACCGUUGUCCUUCCAGCAGGAUGUGGACGCUAUUGAGAUCAAGAGCAAGAAAGGGUGCACGGCGCUGUACUUGGCAGCAGUAAAACGGCAUAAAGCUGUGUGUGAGCUACUGCUGGAUGUAGGCGGAGCUGCAGCGGACACUGCAGAUUGGAGAGGAGAUACACCACUUAUGGCUGCUGCUAAGCGCGGAUUCGUGGACAUAGUUCAACUGCUACUGAGUCGUGGGGCGAACGUCGAAGCUGAUAAUAGCGAUGGUAAUCGAGCGUUAGAGCUCGCAGCUCGGAAUGGACAAGCGGUUGUCGUGAAACUCUUACUGGAAAAUGGAGCCUUUGUUGAUGCUCCUAAUCGUACGCGUGGAUACACGGCAUUGUCCACUGCAGCUCUGCGUGGUCGAGUCGAGGCCGUUCACGUGCUUUUGAGUCACGGAGCGAAUAGAAAUGCUCAAAGCUGUAAUGGCGAUACCCCGCUACUUCUUGCAGCUACCCAAGGACAUCUUGAAGUUGUACGUGCACUACUUAGCAAUGGUGCAUUACCAAACAUAAAGAACGCAAUAGGAGAGACACCGUUGUCACAGGCGGUAGCUGGAGGUUAUGUGGAAAUUUCAGCGCUCUUACGAAUAGCUGCUGAACUUCGAAAUCGAGGAGCUCUUACUUCUGGACAAGUUCGACAAGAUUCCAGAUCUAACCAAAACUUUCGAGGCAUAUCAGUAAAUGCAUUCGACCAGUUUUUGAGUCUCCCGAAAGACUGUGGACUACCAACGCAUUGA